AUGGCAACACCAGAUCCAGAACCAGAAGAGAAAUACAAGGUGAUUAAUGAUCCCAUCCAUGGGCUCAUUAAGUUGCAUCCACUUCUCAUUAAAAUCAUUGACACACCUCAGUUCCAGAGGCUACGACACAUUAAGCAGCUUGGAGGUGUCUGCUUUGUUUACCCUGGAGCGACUCACAGCCGCUUUGAACACUCUAUCGGGACGGGAUACUUAGCAGGGCAGCUUGCAGAGAAUCUAAGAACAAGGCAGCCAGAGCUCGACAUCACUGAAAAGGACAUCCUUUGUGUGCAGAUCGCUGGUCUCUGUCACGAUCUGGGUCAUGGGCCAUUUUCCCACCUGUUUGAUGGUUGCUUCCUACCCAAAACAAAGAAAUCAGAAGAAAAGGAAAACUGGAAGCAUGAACAAGGCUCUUGUGACAUGUUUGACCACCUGGUGAGAAGUAAUAAACUUGAGCCGGUGAUGAAGGAAUAUGGACUGAAAGAAAAGGACAUGACUUUCAUCAAGGAGAUGUUUUUUGGACCUUUGGACACUAAAAGAAAUACAGACCAGAAGUGGCCAUAUAAUGGCAGGGAGGAGAAAAAGGCCUUCCUCUAUGACAUUGUGUCCAACAAAAGGAGUGGCGUGGACGUGGACAAGUUUGACUACCUACUCAGAGACAGCUACUAUCUCGGAAUCAAGACCAACUUUGACUACCACCGCUUCAUGAAGUUUGCCAAAGUGUUUGAGGUAGAAGGCAUGACGCGGAAGUACAUCUGCAACAGAGACAAGGAAGUCAACAACAUGUAUGACCUGUUCCAAACAAGACACUCUCUCCACAGAAGAGCCUACCAGCACAAAGUCACCCAAAUCAUACAACAUAUGAUUGCUGAGGCUUUUUUAAAAGCAGACGACCACAUCAACAUUAAAGGAUCAGAUGGGGGAAUUUUCACUCUCUCCACAGCCAUAAAUGACAUGGUGGCCUACACAAAGCUAACAGACAGUGUGUUCGAACAAAUACUCAACUCUUACAAUGAGGAACUGGCAGAGGCAAGGAAGAUUCUGGAAGACAUCGUCUCUCGAAAAAUACCCAAGUUUGUGGGUGAGACUAGGCCAAGGGCACCCAUCGAGGAUAGGGAGGUAUAA